AUGGAGGCCGCGCCUGCCGAAGGCCAUGCACCGCUACACCCGCAGUUACGCCAGCGAAUGUUGAAUCGUGCAGCAACCGUCGCUGAGAGUGCGCUGCCCUCUACAUCCCCUACAGCCAUGCCCCGACGCCGCAGUUCCGUCGUGUCCAAUCUCUCGGACACGCGCUAUUCCUUGGGGUCCUCGACCGACAACCUAUUAAGAGCGGGGAAGAAUGAUAUGGACAGGCAUGCGUUAUUGGACGAGCCUUCGCGAUGGAUUGCGCUGCCCGUGUUCGCGGCUGUCGUCCCUGCAAUCAUUGGGCUGACGGUGGAGAAUGGCGCUGCCAUUGCGACAGAUAUCUUCAUUCUGGUCUUAGCAGGCUGGUUCCUGCACUGGAGUGUGAGAGUCCCAUGGGACUGGUACCACGACGCCCAGCAAAGACUGUACGUGAACGACCAGAUGGAGGACACAUACGAAGAGGAUACGAUACAUGAAGAGGACGGAGAAGACGACGAGGAUCUGUCUGAGACCCAGGUAGACGUGUCAAGCGAGCCAAGGUCGGCCAACGAUGUCUCCACUACAUCGACAGCGCAAAGGGAGGCUCGCGACGCACUGAAGCGAACAGAGCUCUUCGCUUUCGCCGGAUGCUUUCUAGGCCCACUGCUCGGUGCACUCCUCAUGCACACCAUACGCGGACAACUCAUGCGCGCCGAAGGCAUAGUCUCCGACGCCAACCUCAGCAUCUUCCUGCUCUGCGCCGAGAUACCCCCCAUGAACCGGCUCAUCAAGAUGCGCACGCAGCGAAUCCUCCACCUCCAACGCAUCUUCCGCGAAGCUCCACGAGAGCCUAUCCGUACCCUAGACGCACAACAACUAUCGCACCGCCUCUCUGAGCUAGAAGGCCGCCUCCAAGGUGUCCAAACCCCCAAUUCGAACAACAACAACAACAACACUCAUGAAGCAGACUUUGAAAAAAUCACCGCCGAAGUCCGACAGACCACGCAAAUCCAACUUGAUGGUCUCACUCGUGCAGUUAGGCGCUACGAGAAACGCCACAUGGUGCAAUCCCUCCAGAUCGAAGCUCGCUUCCAAGAUCUGGAGUCUAGACUCAAAGAUGCCCUUGCUCUGGCCGCCGCUGCUGCGCGGACGGGCCAAAGACCCGGUCUGGUUUCCAAGACGCUAAGCUGGAUCGUGAGGACUGUUAAUCAUACGUUGCAGAUGGGUUGGGAUAUCGUCAUGUAUCCCUUUCGCACGACGGCUGUGGCGUUUGGUGUGGCUAAGAGUCUGUUUGUGAGGGAUGAGCGACAGGGCAGACGACGGGGGAAGGGUGUGCAGCAAGGGGGUGGGUAUACAGCUUUGUCGUCGAGUCGGAUGCAGGGCAAAUCGGCCAAGUGA